AUGGAACUUGUUGUCCUAAUCAUGGCUCUAAGAUUCAAGCUCUCACAGAAUGCGCAAUGGGCGCAUAACAAGCUGCCCAUGACUGAGUCGCAAUCCUCAAAAGGGGAUGACAAGUUGUUGGUGUCGAUCUCGGGGAACUGGAAGAUAUGGCAGAACAUACAUGAGCAGUUUUUACAGAACGACUAUCUACCCUUUGGCGGAUUCUUGUGGAAAUUCAACCAGCAGGAUGCACAGGAGAAAGAAGAAACUCUUAAUAUCAACAAGCUGCAGGCUGAAUUCCUGGAAGAAAAUUCCCCGCUCUUUGAUCCUUUGGCUGAAGCGUUGAAUUGGUGGAGGAAGCCCUUCCUGUACAUAUUCGUCUUCGAGUACGAUGUACAUAAAGACAGCCAACACGAUCUGAUCAACAGAUUGAGGCAGUGGAUAAACCGAAGGUCGGCAGUAUCCGGGGAGUGCCUCCUGCUGUGCGUGAACAGGGAGGAGCUGAAUGGCUCCAAGGGAAGUGGAAGUGUUGGGUUGAGAUUCAUGUCGCCUACCUCCGCAAGCUCCGGUGCCCGCAAGUUUGUUGAGAAGCUGAGGACAGAGCUAAAGGUGUUUGUUGCGAGCGUAUCGGGCCUCUUAGAUCAGAGCAGCGACGACCUGCAAUCUGCUUUCCACAAGAUAAGGGACACGCUGUUGAGCUCUGCCGUCUCUAGGAUCCAGGAUUAUCAGCAGCUGAUGCAGUCGCAGCAUUCGAAUGACAUCUAUCGUCAGCUAGUGAUCAGAGAGUCUAUCGCUCUCAUCUACCUAGCCAUGGGCGUGCGCGAAGAAGCUCUCAAACAGUAUCAGGAGUGCGAGGGUUGUCUUGGACUGAACUCGUCGGACGGAGACGAACAUGUGCCGUCUGCUCUGCGGGUCUACAAGUACGAUUUUGAAGGAUCGGACCUCGAGAACCCCCUCGACAGGAGUCAUCGGCCAUAUCGCCUCUUGAUCUCUCAGGGAGACAUUUCCUUGCACUCACUCCAGCUCUAUUUCCUUGGGAGAGACGUCGAGCUGAACCUCGCCAUGUCCCAACCGGUUCAGGCAGGUGAAAGAGGAGUCAAGCUUGUCAAGAGGAUUCUCGAAAGAUGUCUCUCUCCAUGGAUCGAGCCGGGAGCAGCUCGAGACAGACUCAAGGAGAGUCACUUGUCUCCUCUUUUCAUCGCUUCUCUUGCCAUCAAUGUCUGUCUCCACAUGGCAUCGACCUUCCUCGCUAUACAGGCCGAUGGGGCUGUCAAUGUUUCUUAUCACAGCAGGGAGAAAGCACUGAAUUGCAUCAUCUCUGAAUUCCUGCUCAUCGCAAGACGCUACUCUAUGGGCAUCUUGGGGACCUUACAAGACCUUGAAUUCGAUGGGACUCUGAAUGCAGACGAGGAGGAGGAGGAAGCAAGCUCGUCGCGGGAUAGCCCACUCCUCGACGACUUUCCACAGAUCUUUGCGGUGAGCAGGAACGGAUAUUUCACCAGGGGAAGCUCCCUGCUAAACACCCUCCAUCCUUCCCUGCGCCGCCGGACACCCAAGACCUCAAGUCCUCUGCACCUGGAGGGGAAGGAGCGGAACAACGAGGGCAUGGUGUCCCCGCAACACCAAGUUGACACGGUUGAGGUCGAGACUUCGAUCUUCGAGGACGUCUUCAAGCUCUCCCUCUCUCUUGACGACUUCCUUGCCAUGCUGAACCCCAAGGACUCGAGGAGGAGGAUCUCCGGGAGACUCCUCGCUGCGCUCAGCAGGAGGGGAGGAGUUGCUGAUCUCUGCCAUGAUCUGACAGUCGCGUCCUGCGCCUUCCUCGAGCGAGCGGCACGAUUGCGCAUGUGCACUAUCCUGCAGUACGAGACAGCGCUAGCGAUGAGGAGGAGCAGGAAGUUGGAGGUGGCGAGCUCUCUUCUCCGUCGCUGCCUGCUCUUCCUCCUUGUGGACAACUGGAAUAUCCUGCUUCCUCCCGUCUACCACGAGCUGGGUGAGUGUCUGGAGCAGCUGCAGAUGGUUCGACUGCGGGCAAGCUUGAGUCUGGUCCUGCUCGGAGCGAAGGGGAUCACCAGGAAGGACAGGAAGAGGGCCGAGGAGCAUCUGAAAGGGCUCUCCCGCGAGCCAGCGAUGCUGAGGGAUGUUGCUUUCAGCUCCGACUCGCUCCUCUCAGCUCAGCUGGUGCAUGUGGAGAACUGCCGGUCCUCUUCGCUGUCAGACACUCCUGAUCUAAUGCCGCAGUCGUCAAGUCAGCGCGAGGAGCUGAACGACGUCGUCACGCUGGACUUGGGGGAUGGGCUGAUAGUGACGAGCAAGAGGGUGAGGGAGGAGGAGGCGGAGGAGGAACGUGGUCAUCGGUUUGGUGAGACAACGAGGGAGGAGAGUGAGAAGUCGGUGUUGUUCGAAGUGGCACUGGGACAAGAGUUCAACCUGGACGUCGAGGUUACCAGCUCUGCGAUCGACCCGCUCGCGAUCGACGAGAUGUACGCGGUGAUGGACGUGAUACAAGAUGAGCAUCAUCCGGACGGGGAGGGCACUCAACUUCGCGACCCUCCUUCCUCCUCCUCCUCUACACCUCUUUCCUCCUCCUCUCUGCUCCUUCCAGACAUCAACAGACCAGCGAGCAUGCUGUUCGAAGACUUGGACGGCUCGAACGUAAUUCUCCCCAGCGGCUCCAUGGUGUUCCCGAUGCUCAGCAGGAGCAGGGAGGCUAAUGCCUCGUGUUUCCGCAGCAACGGAGCAGUAACUCUCAAGGGAGGCAAGAACCGAGUGAUGCUGACUGGGAGCUUCCAAAGUGAAGGAUGCUACAGGAUCUCUUGCUUCGUCUUCCUGCUCGGCCACCUCCGGCUUGCGCACAAGUCUGCGAGCAACGAGAUCUUCUUCGUCCGUCUCUUCCCUCCUCCUGCCGAGCUCAGCGUCUGGAGCUCCGGCAGCAUCACCAAGGGACAUGAACCGAUCGUGCGCAUUCAGAUUGCCGCCAAGAAGAUGGAGGUUGCCCGUUCCCAGCUGACUGUUCAGCUGCCGGACCAGCUGUCCCUCGGCCCUCUCUGCCUCCUCUCCGUCUUCGACGAGGCCCCGGAGGAGGAGCAGGUCAACUCUCGGAGGUUCAAUGAGCUGUGUGCGAAGCGGGGGGAGGAGGUGCGAUGGUCUUCGAGUCGUGCCAUUGAGAUCCCGACACUUGGAGCUGGGCAAGCAGCUUUCGUCCUCUUCGGGCUGAAGGUGGGAGAGGGUGGACAAGUCGGGUCCUCCUCCUCCUCCUCCUCCCCUUCCCCCUCCUCCUCCUCCGGGAGCAGCAGGACUGUCACCGUCCGCCUCGCUUCUUCCGUGGAAAGGAAUCGAUUCUUCCGCGUCGAACGGGAGCUGAGGCUGGAGGAGGAGGAGGCCUUUACCGUCAACAGCAGGCUGCAGUGGAGAUCUGAGGAGGAGAAGAUUCUGCUGCUCCUCCUGACAUGCAACAUCCCCAUCCACUCCUGCUGCCUCCUCUCGCACCAUCUCGCAGUGCCGUCAGGCCUGCAAGCCUCUCCCGCCUCUCGCCAUGUCACUCAGCCUACCUGCAUGGCCCGUGGAGACGUGGUUUCCCUUGUCUACUCUAUCACUCGGAGCAGCGCAGAACAAGAUGCUGGAGAGGAAGCGGAGGCACGUCUGGAGAUCAACUUUGACGUGGAGCACGAGCACGAGCACGAGCACGAGCAGGUCCAGGAGCAGGAGCAGGAGGGGAUCUACAAGAGACUUCACGGCAAGCAAGAGCGCAGCAGACUCACCUGGCAGGCGAUGGUGAGGAUGGGCGCAUGGGACCGCCCGAGCCUCCGAUACUCCUUCGCGGCUGGGCAGACUUGCGUCUUCGGCGAGCCCCACGAGGUGGAGCUGCAGCUAGAGGUGUGCUGGGGGCGGCACGAGCUGGGGCGUGAGCUGCUGUGUGAGCUGGUGGCUCGGGACGGCAGCUGGUUCCUCGUCGGUAGGACCAAGUUCAGAGUCGCCGUACCUGUGAGGAGGGAGGGAGAUUCUUCUCCUCCUCCCCCGACGCGCUUCAGGUUCCGCCUCCUCCCCCUCUACUGCGGCAACCUCUCCCUCCCCGCCCUUGUCAUCUCCAACGUGCCAGCGGCUGCCCUGCACAACGCUAGCGCGUCUUCCUCCAUUCACGUGCUGCCCCGUGACGGGACUCGGGUGAUGUGCGAGCUCUUUCCUGUUCCCAGCGAAGCGGCAGACGGAGGGAAGUUACAGCUGAGGAGGAAGGAGGUGGGGCAGAAAGGGGGGCGAUGA